AUGUUAGCCAGACCUAUUGAUUGCGAGUUGAGGCUCGAAAGUCCCGAUGUCUUUCUCGGCUCACCACGGGAAGAUGGAGCCAAUAAAUGUGUGACUGGACACUUGGCAUUACAGUUAAGAAAGCCCACCUUGAUCAGAAGUAUCAAGGUCCAGCUUCGAGGGACAUUGAAAAUCCAUUCGAAGCCACUUCUCACAAAUAUUAGUCCUCGCAAAAAAGAACUUAUCCGAAACGAUCGCGAAGUCAUCACAUUCGACGUAACCAAGAGCUUAGCGAUAUCUGAGACGGGUAAGCCCUUUAAGCUCCAACGAGGUUCUCAUAGUUUCCGCUUCGAAAUAUUCAUCGACAAACCUCUCUUCGAAACUGUCGAUGGCCUUGACUCUGCUUCCCAUUCCUACCAAGUUCAUGGUAUUAUUGAGCGCCCCUGGGGCAACCAGCAAAUAAUCACAAAGCCGCUUAUCAUUUAUGGAAAUUAUGAAAAUGACCAAUAUUUGUCCUGGCUUGUUCCAAAUGAAUACUAUGAUCCUCUGGUUCUGCAAAAAGCGUUGAAUGAUAUACACUACGAGAUUAUCCUUCCGGCCAGAGACAUUCCAUUCGGAGCCAUGUUCCCAGCUCAUAUCAGACUUUUAUCCGAUAUGAAGAGUCUCUAUGUGAAGCACAUAAUGGUUAAAGUCAUCGAGACUCAUAAUUUCGAAAUUCCAGCAACCGCCUUUGAACAAACCAACUAUAACGUCCGGUUCCUUCGCUCACAAAAAACACGUUUUGUCACUGGCGAUGAUGUUCCGCUUCUCCCUGGUUCCUACUCUGCUCGGGAGGAUGUCACUCCUGGAGACAAUUGGGAAAUCACAUCAACUCUCGCCCUACCUCGCCAACUACAGGACUGCAUACAGAGCGCACGGUUGCCGUACUUGGAUAUCAAGCAUUUUCUCUCCGUGGAGAUUGCUUUGCAAGUAGCAGACGAUUUGGUAACGAUCAAUGAGACUGUUCCAUUUCGUAUAUUCAUGCCAGCGUCUCCGGUGAAUAGUGCGUUUGGGCCUGGAGCCCCGCAGAUGAAUCUCAGAGAACUUUGGGUAGCGCCGCCUCCUUACGGGAAACAUGAAACUGAUUCUUUGCUAGCUGAUUCUUGUUGA